AUGGACGUUUGUGUGCGUUACGGCAUCAUGCAGUUCUUGCCAAAGUCGCAAGACCCGGUCCUAUCUCGUGCUUGCGUCCAUCAUGAAGGUCCAUGUUGCAACUUUGGGAUGAUUUUGCACAUCAUCAUUACCAUCUUGCCCCCUUCUUUUCCCACACUCGCAUCCGCACCCUCUUGCAUUGCCAUCAUCUUUUCUGGUGUCACAAAGGUUGCUAGGUCCCAGUGCUGGGUGGGCGGACACGUAAACAUGGCUUGUCCGGCCCCCGCUAUCGAACACAGGUUGCAAACCAGAACUAGGUUUGUCUGA